CUCUGCACAGGUUGCAACGUGCACGGACUUGCAGGGGCGGAGGAUAUUGCACCAUAUCUAUUGAGCUGGGCGUUACCCUAUAUAACCUGGCCCUGGGAGCCACUUAGGUAUAUCGUGCUGGACAACAGUCAGUAUUAGAACCGCAUGUUUAGAAGUGUGCUCAGAGCUUCAAGGCAUCUUGCUUUUGCACUGUCUAGUACCUCUUCUGCCCAAAUUACAAGAAAAGUUUCAUUUGGAAGUGCUGGCUACCAUCAAAAGUUUGGUUGGAAGACAUAUGCUGCUAGAUUUACACUUCUGAGGGUACAGAAUCACAACCUCAAGAAACUAAACCCUGAAUUUGGAUUUAAUAUCAUAAGCUGUGCAAGAAUGUCAUCAUUCCCAUUCUAUGCUGAGUAUGAUAAAAGAGGACAAGCUAAAUGUAAGAAAUGCAAAGAAAAAUGUGAAAAAGGUGAACUUAGAAUUGGAAAAAUUGUUGCAAAUCCAUUUAGUGAAUCUGGUGGUGACAUGAAACAAUGGCACCACGUGAACUGCAUUUUUGAGACAUUUAAACGUGCCCGUGCUACCACUAAGAAAAUUGAGGACCCUGUAGAUGAUAUUGAGGGUUGGGAAAACCUGGAGGAAGAUGAUCAGAAGAAGAUUAGAGCUUUGAUUGAUGACCUUCAGAAUGAAAUAUCCAACAAAAAAACUACACCAAAGAAGCAGACUCCUCAGAAGAAAACUCCUUCUAAAGCAGGAGGCCAGAAGCAGUUUGAUAAAAAAGCAACAGGAACACCAGACAAACCAACUGCAGGAGUAUCAAGAAUGCCUUCAACAGUGAGAAAUGACCCUGGUAUGGACCCUAUGCACAAAGAUAAUUCUUUUAGAGAGUUUCGUCGCCUGUGUGCAAAUGUUGCUGAGGAGUCCAGUUAUACGGGCAAGACAAAUAUUGUGGCAACCUUUUUGAAAAAUGGAGCUAGCAAAGAUGGUUUUCAAGGUGACUUGCGACUCUGGGUUAAACUUCUUCUACCAGGAGUCAUAAAGAGAGUGUAUAACUUACAAUCAAAACAGCUCAUUAAGCUUUUCUCCCAGUUAUUUAAUACAAACCAAGAGGAAAUGCUUGAAGACUUGGAACAAGGUGAUGUUGCAGAAACCGUUCGCACCUUCUUUGAACAGUCUACUGCGCUUCCUCCUGUUAAGAAGGCAACUUUGUCAAUUCAAGAUGUAGAUCAGUUUCUAGAGGAACUGACAGGAAUGACAAGAGAAGAAGAACAGUCAUAUGUGCUCAAAAAGAUUGCCAAAAAAUGCACUGCAAAUGACUUAAAAAUGGUAAUUCGUCUUAUUAAGGGAGAUCUGCGUAUUAAUGCUGGAGCAAAACACAUCUUGGAUGCAGUGCAUAAUGAUGCUUACGAAGCCUUUCAAACAACACGAAACAUAGAUGUUGUCUUGGACCAAAUUAUCCUUUCCAAAACAACUGGUGAAACACUGAAGAUGAAAGCCCAGGUCAUGACUCCAGUGUUGCCCAUGCUGGCAGAGGCAUGUAAGUCAGUGGAUUAUGCCUUUAAAAAGUGCCCGAGUGGAGUUAUGUACUCAGAAAUAAAGUAUGAUGGAGAAAGAGUUCAAGUUCACAAAAAGGAUGGAAAAUUCAUGUAUUAUUCUCGCUCAUUGAAACCAGUGAUGCCACACAAGGUCUCUCACUUUAAAGAAUACAUUCCAAAGGCAUUUCCCUAUGGCAAGGAUAUUAUUCUUGAUGCUGAAGUAUUGAUGAUGGACACCAAGUCAGGGAACCCUCUUCCUUUUGGAACUCUUGGUGUCCACAAAAAAUCAGAGUUUCAAGAUGCAACUGUCUGUCUUUUUGUGUUUGACUGCUUACAUUAUAAUGGAGAAGAUUUAAUGAAUAAACCAAUAGCAGAGAGAAAAAAAAUUCUUGAGGAAAAUAUGGUGGAGAUAAAAAAUCACAUCAUGUUUUCUGAGAUGAAGAAAAUAAAGAGAAAGGAAGACCUGCGUGACAUGAUCAACCGUGUCUUAAAGCAGGGAUUAGAAGGCCUGGUACUGAAGGAUGUGAAUAGUGUAUAUGAACCAGGGAAACGACACUGGCUUAAAGUAAAGAAAGAUUAUUUAAAUGAUGGUGCUAUGGCUGACACAGCAGACUUGGUUGUCCUUGGUGCCUGGUAUGGAACAGGGAAGAAAGGAGGAAUGAUGUCAGUUUUCUUAAUGGGAUGUUUUGAUGCAAGAAUAAAGAAAUGGUGUACAGUCACAAAGGUCCACACAGGUCAUGAUGAUGCAGCAUUGGCACGCUUACAGACAGAGCUAGAUAUGGUCAAGAUCAGUCAAGAUCCAGAGCGUGUGCCAGCGUGGCUAAAGUGUACCAAGACUAUGAUCCCAGAUUUUGUGGCAGCUGACCCCAAGAAAUCACCAGUAUGGGAAAUAACUGGUGCAGAAUUUACGCGACAUCAGAUUCACACUGCAGAUGGAAUCUCAAUCAGGUUUCCAAGAGUUACAAGAGAACGGAGUGACAAAACAUGGGAACAAGCCACUGACUUAGCAUAUUUACAAGAUCUAUAUAAGAAAUCUAGAGAAUGCUCAGAUUUGGAAGCUCUGACUUCUGAACGAACAGAUGAUGAUGAUGAUAGUGGUAAGAAGAGUGGGGACUCUGGAUCUUCUACCCCAAUAAAAGGUCCUGCACAAGUUAAAGCAAGUAGCCCCAAAUUAUCUAAUGUAUCUUCAGCUUCCACAAGUCCCAAAACAUUGAGCCCAGAGAAGGCUAAGGGAAGGGAAAAGAUUCAGAGAACUCUGAGUGCUUUUGCUAAGAUGGACAAAACAACACCAGAAAAGGAAGAUGAAAUAAAAAAGGAAACGAUGGAGCAUAGUGGAAUGGUAUUAGGAAAGAGACGAUCAGAUGAAAGCAGAGAGGAACAGCCAAAUAAAAAGCUGAAUAAGUAUGGUGCAUCUGAAAGUGAAGUUCAUCAACCACUAAAUGAACUUCCCUCAGCUGGCCUGAGACACCCCACAAAGAAGCCACUUCCGGAUAUUUUCGUUGGGAUUCAGGUUGGAAUACCAGACACCUUGGUGAAAGCAGCAGAUAUGAGGAGAUAUAUCAUUGCGUACGGCGGAGACGUGUUGCCGGAUUACCAGUCCAGCGAAGCCACGCAUUUAGUGGUGGAUAAAGAAGACAAGUGGCCUUCGUCGUGGCGCGCCAAGAGGAUUUCGCCUGAAUGGGUUUGGGACAGCAUCAAGUUGCAGAGACUCCAGUCGUCUCGCAUAUACGCCGUCUGAGUUAGAAGGAGCCCUUUCCAUUAUAUGAUAUGUGUUGAAUUUAUGCGCACAUGUUUUAUUUACAGAUCUAUGCUAACGGUUGUCAAGGGCAAUGUUGACAAAACUGAUACUGUUGUUAUCAUAUAUGUUUUUAUAAACAAUAUGAAAAUAAGGUGUUGCUGGCUAAACAAGGUGAACUUGCCUAUGCCCUUGUUAACCUCACCAUGAGAUGCCGUUAUGUCCACUUCACGUUUUGAGCAUUUUUUUUCUUACUGGAUUUGGCUUUGGAAGUAAUACCAGUAAGAAUUCAUUCACUUCUCCUUUUAUUUUGUUGAUACGUUAUCAACUCGAUUGCACAAUAUUGAGAAUCUACUGUGUGUGAUUCACAGUCAUUUCGGUAAAUUUGUUGUUUUGUUGUUAAUUAUUCAUGUUUAUUUAUAGGUCUAUGAAAAAAAAAUUAAUUACGAGCAUGUUACGUCUUUACCUCUGGAAGAAGCGGCUCCGAUAAAGUUACCGUAAUCGGUUUUGCUCAGGUUAGUUUGACCGAGAUGCGUCGCCUUAGCGGCAGAGCAGCAGCUGCCGUAGUUUCUGUCCCCAUGUUAACCCUGAAUAUAUUUCGAGAGAGAGAGAAGCGAGCUGAUGAGAUGAAGGAAAGGUGGGGAAGGGGUGAGGAUGAUUUUGUACCUGUUUGUUGUAGUAGUUUUUUACUCACUGUAGAAAGGAAUUUGCCUUGUUUGUUUGAUAAUUUUAAUGAUGUGAUGAUGAUUAUAAUAUUGUCUCUAAGAUUUCUAUGUUUUAUGACUGUAUACAUCGUAUAUUUGUGAUAAUAAGAUGAUAAGGGUGAUAACA